GGGCGUGGUAAUCGAAUAGGAAAAAUAAUGCAAGGUUGUUCUGCCGUAUAAAAUGGAAGUAAUACAUAAUUGUCUUUAAAGUAUAUCCUUGUUACAGAUCGACAGAUUCAACAAUGAACUCUGUGGUAUGGUUGCUAUUGGCAGCUUGCGUACGAGGAACGCUUGCUGCCCCAAGUCUUCCACCUCUACCAGUAAACCCUGGAGGUAUUGGAGGCCUCUUCAGAGGACCAAACUCGGAAACCAUCAUCAGAGGACCUGACGGCAGCGAGAUAACCUCAGAACAAAUAGGCGGAGCAGUUCAAACAUCACCUGGACUGGAACCUAUCGUAGUACCAGAUUAUCCAUACGAUCAAGUUGCAGUAUCAUCAGUUGCUGUAGCUCCUUCUGAGACAAUUGGCGUUCCGAAUAACAUAGAGGUAGCUGGACCAACUCUCAUCCAAGAGAAUUCUGGUAGCACCUUACAGUUAGCUACAAUACCUCAAUCUUCACCAAUUGAAGUUACGGCAGCAGAAAUUCCAACACUUGCCACGACUGCUGAAGAACCACAUAUAAUAGAGACUGAAUUGGUAGACGCUCCUGAAGUCGAACCAAACCAGAGUUCUGACUUGGAAGGACCAUCUGGAUCAAUCUCUGUAAGAGGAUCAACAUCUAUUGUGUCUGGACCAGCAUCAACAACAAUUUCAGAACCUGUCAGAAGAAUACCAACCGUAGCUUUGCCUAUUCAAGAGCCAACAACUCUUCUACUUCCACCAGCUCCACCAGUCAAUUUGCAUGCUGUUAAUCCGAGUUUGACAUCAGUGGGUUUGAAUUCUCCACCUUCUGUACCAAAUGCACAAAUUCCAUUAACAAGUUCACAACAAUCCCUGUCAUAUCCCAGUUUAAACACUGAUCUGAUACCACCACCUCUACCAUCUACUCAAAUAGCAGGAAUUGCUGAUACUUCCUCCAUUCAAACUCAAACUGUUUUUUCUGCUCCCAUAUCAUCUUCUGAUCAACUAGUUCUCAGCGACAAUGCUAGAGUAGGAAUUUCUGAUUCCCCCUCUAUUCAAAGUCAAACCGUUUCUUCCUCGCCUAUACCACUAGAAGCAUUACCACCUAAUGCAGUAGAUUUGGGCCAAACUAUAGUAUCCACAACACAGAGGUCUACUGUUGCACCUUCAGCAGGUGACAUCGAUGUCAGCAGGAUCAAUUUAGGGCACAAUCCAACUCAGCAAACUAUUGCGUUUUCACCAUCACAAAUACCACUUGAACAGCAAAACAUCGUAUCAUCCACUUCUGCUCCAAUUCUAUCUUCGACUAUCCAAACAGUACAGCAAAAUGGAGGAAUAUCACUUUCUCCAAGCGUGCCUCUCUUGACAACAGCAUCUGAACUCAAUCGUAUAGAUGUAUCUUCUUCUCCUGCUCUGAAUAGUGCCAAUGCGAUAUUCACUCCAAAUGGUUUGACUGGAAGAAUCGAAUCUCAGGAACAAUCGAUUCUCAGUAACCAAAUAGUAUCGAAUACCGCUAGUUUGGCUUCAGAUGAUGGCAGACAGUGGUUAAGCCCAACCGAAGCUAAUAUUCCUUCAAGGCCUUGGGUGAACGUGGACACCGAUCAUAUCUUGCCAUCAUCAGUAUCACCACCAAGAAGUGGGAGUAAUGAGUUACCAAUUUCCACAGUUCUAGAUACAGUCCUUGUGCAACCAACAGAUCCCAAGAACAGGGAAGUGAUUGAAUUUGGUGGAAAGCAGUUGGAGAAUGUUGGUAACAUUGUUCCUGUGUUGCAUCACCCUGUAUUAGUGGCAGGAGGCUUGACUCAUUUCCACCAAAUACCAACAGCUUCAAUAAGCCAGCUUACUUCAAGAAAUGAUGCCAACAUUCAAGAUCUUAAUAGAUAUGGAAGGCAGACAAAAGGAGAAGAAGUUAAGAAAUAGUGUAGAGUUAGGAUUAUAUCCAUAUUUCUUCUAGUCUCUUAGAGUUAUAUUUUGAAUAUUAUGAUAAUAAAAUAUAUGAUUUAAA